GAAGGCGGGGCGUCUAUGUGUCUUUUGUCCACAACAGGAGAAGUCUCACAGACAGUACAACAGAGACUGACACGGGGAAGCGCUGUCUGUGCUGAAAGUCUGACCACAAAGAAAACUUCUCGUCUGGUUCGUGACUGAAACAAGUACUUCGGGGAAGCGGUCUUACUAGGCUUGGACAGAGAUGUUUGCCACUGCUACCAGAAAUUUUGUGGAGGAGGUGGAUCAUGGAGGUCUGCUGAUCCCAGUGUGCAGCCUGAAUGACACUAUUGCUCUCCUGACAGUGGUGGUGAAGCGCAAGCGUUUCUGGUUGUGGCAGAAGCCCAAGUAUCUUCCCACUGAUUUUACCCUCAAUGAUUUACUCGCAGGAGACCCCCCUAUAGAGCCAGUUACCACGGAGACAGACUUUAUCACAUAUAAUGGGACAUAUGGAGACAACAUUCAGGGAACUAUGGACGCAAAUUUUGUCCACUCCAAUGUGAAUCUGGAGGGUAAAGACUCUUCCAAACUGCAGUCAUCCUUUGGCAGUUUGAAGAAAGAAGAAAUGAACGUGCAGAGGUUACUGCAAGACUCCAAAGGCAGGGUCCUGGACAUGACCCAUUGUCUGAUCCAGCAGACGAAGGAGAAGCACAAACAGGUAUUUGGGAUUGUGAAGGAGCGUAUUGUGACCACUAAGCCCUGUUCAGUCAUAGAGGAGGUGCAGCAGGGUGGACAGUGCGGAGGAGCACUGAGCCUCUGCGGGCCGAAGAACCCUAAGGUUUCAUUGAAAGAAAAUGGGAGCCUUAGUAAAGACAGUAAUGUUACCAUGGAGAUUCCCACCCAUACUACCAUUGCCUAUGCCCUCAUAGAACUAGAAAUCAAACAUGAUGGAUGCUUUGAGUUGUGUCUAAUGUCAGACACCACUGGAGGUUUUGAAGUAGACAGCCCUGUUACGAAAGGAGUGUUGGGUGUCUCAGGAGCUCUUGCGCACACUUCUGAAAAUAGCUGUCUCCGACAAGACCUGGAGCAACUCAACGAUCACUUCCAGCUGCUGUCAUCUCUUCCUGGCGCCACAAGGUCCUCUCUGCUCCAGCAGUUAACAGAAGUUAUGCAGCACCGAGCAGCCGUCAGCACUCUUCAGAAUGCGCUGGACCAGAUAUGCCUGGAUAAGAGUCCUGCCCCUGGUGAUGUUUCAAUGACAGAGUCUCAAAAACAAAACAUCCAAGCAAUCCUGGACCUUGUGCAGCAGUCUGGUCAAGUGGAGUCGGCUCAGACGGGCCAGACCACAUCAGUACUCACAGCCCUUCACCUCAUUAGCAGCGCCUUGGAUGAGAUGACAAAUGACUGUCUGGCUGUCUUGGGAACAUGCUGCAGCCACACAGUGUUGCAGGCAAUGGAGCUUUUGGUGCAGUGCAUCACGUCAGGAAAGGGGGAGUUGCCUCUGAGCAGCGCAGGCCUGGCUGCUCUAACAGGUGAUGCCUAUGAAAAGACUGUGCAUCUGUUUGGGUCCUUCAGUGUGUUCCUGAAGAAAGACGGGGACACAGUGAAGACAGAACUUAACCAAGAGCCAGGAAACCUUCCUCUGGUUCUGUGCAUCGCUGUCAGAGGUCUUGCCUCUUUAGCCCUCUGUGUCUGAAGUGACAACGUCUUCAUAUCCACCAGAAACUUCAAAUACCACAGUGGAAUGAGAUAAAGGGGAUCACAUAUUUUAAGUGUUAUUUAUCAGUGUUUUUUUUUUUUUUUAAUUGUUUUUGGUGCAGUAGAAUGUCCUUUAAAACACUAUUGCAUUUUACUGUAGAAGUUGUGCGUUAUUUAAGGUUAAUUCACACCUUCAAGCCAAACAGAACUGAGAAUUCUCAGUGCUGGUGGUUCAAUGUAAAAUAAACACUAAUUAUUUUAUGUAGGGUCUGAUGUGAUGUCUCAGCCCUUAAGAUGAAAUCUUUAUUUCUAAGCCAUUUUAAAAACAGGUUUACAGGGUGCAAUCAUGAUUAUUCAUACAUGCACACACACCAGUGUACAAUAUAUUGUUGAGCUAGAGUCUAAAAGUAUUUUUUGUUGCUGUUGUAUCCUCUUCUUUGUAGCCUGACUGAGUAAUGAUAAUGGAAGGUUUAUCUUCUUCUGAGGCAGUCUGCAACAGAGAAAGAAAGAAGCCCAAUAAUAUACAUCAAAAGCAAAAGUUCUGACUUUAAAAUAAUCAUAUUGUAAACAAAUAAUUGUUGAUUGUUAAUUAAAAUAAUAUUGCUGAUUAAAAUACAAAAAACCUUU